UCUUAACAUCCGUACCCAAUAAUCCCUAUCCAUUCCCGAAUCCAAACCCAAAUCUUUUCUCCAAACCCUAACCAAAACCCUAAUUUUUUUCCUUCCCUCUCUCCUAAUUUUGUGGAGCUCGAAUCCAUGGCGUCCUGCGGCGGCAGAGGAGGAGGUGGUGGAGGAGCGUGCCAGUCCAACUGCUCAAGAUCAGAGGACGACGAUGCUGCUAACCAAAUUCAAAUCGAAGAAACCCUACCAAAUCUCUCGAUCAACGGCGGCGGCGGCGGCGGUCGGCUCUGCUCGAAGUGCGGAGAGAUGGAGCAGGAUUACAACGGAAUGUGCACUGCUUGUUUUCGAUCGUUUCUCUUCGGAAAGUUCAAGCUUGCUGUUACAACCAACGCCAUGAUCUCGCCGACCGAUAAUGUUCUUGUCGCCUUUUCCGGUGGUCCUGCAUCCAGAGUGGCUUUACAAUUUAUUCAUGAGAUGCAAUGCAAAGCACUAAAGAGCUGGGAUGCUAGUAAAUCCCAGGCUUUACCAGUAUUUGGUGUCGGUGUUGCUUUCAUUGAUGAAAGUGCGGUUUCAUCCAAUCCGUCUCGUGAAGUUGACCAAGCACUUAAAGAAAUCAGAUUGAUUGUAUCAGAUUUAGGUUCUCCUCAUAAAGAACUACAUAUUACUCCUAUUGAAAGCAUUUAUUCUCUGGACUGCAUUGAAGGAAGAAACAGGCUGAAAGAGUUACUACUUACCAUUAGCGAUGUCACUGGUAAAGAAGAUUUUCUGCAGCAUUUACGCAUAUCUUCUUUGCAGAAGAUUGCUUUGGAGAAUAAUUACAACAAACUCGUGCUUGGCUCAUGUACCUCCAGAAUAGCACGCCAUAUACUUUCUUCAACCGUAAAGGGCCAAGGUUAUUCUUUACCGGCUGAUUUACAAUAUGUUGAUUCAAGGUGGGAGGUUCCCAUUGUUCUUCCUCUUCGUGACUGUGUUGCUCAAGAGCUUAGGAUGCUUUGUUUUCUUGAUAGUUUGAAGACACAGCAGUUGCUUGAUAGGCCAAGUUCUGGCAUCAAUGAUUUGGUUUCAUUAUUCGUUGCACGCUUGCAGGAUGAUAAUCCAUCUCGAGAGCGAACCAUAGUAAGAACAGCAGAAAAGUUGAAGCCAUUUUGUUUCAAUAAAUUUGUUGAACAUGGCUAUCACGAUUUCCUGCCAUCUCGAUUGCGGCCCAAGUUUCAAAAUGUCGAAGAUACUGAAUCUAAUCCCUCUGAGCAUCUCUCCAAUAUGGUGAAGAGUGAUCAUAAGAAGUCUCUAUCAAGAACAGAAAUAUUUGUUUCAAGUUGUUGUCAAAGCUGCUGCUUUCAGAUCCUUCCAAAGGAGAGCAACUCCCUUGAGCAUUUCUAUUCGCUUCUGCCUGGAUCUAUGACGAACAGAGUUAAGGAUAGCACACAUGCUGAUAAUAGUUGCUUAAGGGAGCAAAUAAAGGAUUGCUUGCUUUCUGAUGAUGAUGAUGGGAGCUGAACCACCAUUUCCGAUGGAAGCUCUCUUUUUGUCUCAUCGGCAUCUCUCUCGUGUGUUCGUGUUUGUUUGUCUCGUUGAGAUGAUAAUUCCCUCAUCUAUCAGUUGACUGGAUCUAAGAUGGAAUUGUUGAGACACUAAUGAUUAUAGCGAAGCUCCUUUUUUUUUUUUCGUUUGGCAGGAUACAUAACCAGGAAGAAUUAAUUUAACUACUUUUGUCUGCUCCAUUAUAAUUCAAGUUCCUAUGUUACUACUCGCUUCUUGUAAUUUUUUUUUCCUGAUGCAAGGAAAUGUCUAUUUUGUAUAAUGGAUUGCAUCAUCGUUUUCGGAAAUGUUUAUUUUUCAUCUAGCAAAUUAA